AUGUCUUUGAAUAUAGAGUCAUUAUCCGCUUGGGAUAAGAGUUUGAAAACAGAUCUAACUCACACUUUAGCCUCUACCGUGCUUAAAAACUAUGACGCUGAUGACGCCCUGUUGAAUAAAUCUCGUCUAUUACAACAGGAUAAUCGUGUAUUCAAUAUCAGCCUAGAUGACGACACUACUCCAGUUACUAACCAAAGGGCUUCCGGUAGAUGUUGGUUAUUCGCAGCUACAAACCAGUUACGUGGUAACGUCAUCAAGAACCUUAAUUUAAAAGAAUUCGAAAUCUCACAAGCAUAUUUAUUCUUUUACGAUAAAUUAGAAAAGGCAAACUAUUUUCUUGAUCAGAUCGUUUCCUCUGCAAAGGAUGAAGAAACUGAUUCUAGAUUGGUUCAAUAUUUGCUAACUGCUCCAACUGAGGAUGGUGGUCAAUACAGCAUGUUCUUGAACAUUGUCAAGAAAUACGGUCUUGUUCCGAAGGAUAUUUACAACGAUUUACCUUUUUCCACAACAAGCUCAAGAAAAUGGAACUCUUUACUGACUACCAAGUUAAGAGAAUUCGCUCAAGUGUUAAGAUCUAAGGUUGCAAAGAAUGAAGAUAUUGCCCAAACAAGAUCUGAAAUGCAAAAGGAAAUUUUCAAAAUGAUGACUCUUUUCAUGGAUUUACCUCCUGUGCAACCAAACCAAGAAUUCAAAUGGGAUUACGUUGACAAGGACAAGAAAGUUCAUCAACUGAAAUGUACCCCAUUAGAAUUUGCUACGAAAUAUUGUAAUCUAAAUUUAGAAACUCCUCCAGUUUCUUUAAUUAAUGACCCAAGACACGAAUAUGGCAAGUUGAUUAAGAUUGACAGAUUGGGUAAUGUCAUCGGAGGCACUGAUGUCUUGUAUUUGAAUGUAGACAAUGAAACUUUGUCUAAAUUGAUUGUCAAAAGAUUAAAAGCUAAUAAAUCUGUCUUUUUUGGCUCUCAUACUCCAAAAUUCAUGAAUAAGAAAUUUGGUGUCAUGGAUGUUCAAUUGUGGAACUAUAGUGAUAUUGGCUACAAUUUGAAUCAGACUAAAGAAGAUAGAAUCAAUUACAAUGAAAGUUUAAUGACCCAUGCCAUGCUAAUCAAUGCUUGCCACAUCGAAGAAGGAUCAGAAAUUCCAUCUCGUUACCGCGUAGAAAACUCAUGGGGUAAAGACUCUGGUAAAGAUGGUUACUACGUUAUGACUCAAGAAUAUUUCGAAGAGUAUUGUUUCCAAAUUGUAGUCGAUCUAGAAGAUUUAUCAAAAGAACUAGCCGAAAAGUUCACAUCAGGUAAAGAAGAACCAAUAGUGUUGCCAAUUUGGGAUCCAAUGGGAGCUUUAGCGGAUUAA